UGGGUGUGGGGAGUGGAAUUUUGGAACGAAAUGUAGCGAAGAGAAGUACAGUAGUAAGAGUAACAUUGUAGCUGCCGCUGGCCGAGGGGGCGCGCCGGGGAGGGGACGCCGCACGCCCUUUCCGCCGCAGGGACCCCCGAUCAAACCCCCACAGGGAGGAGGCGCCCGAAGACCCGCCCGGGCCGCGUCCACGUUCCCCUCAGGAAGCCGGACUCUAUGGGGCGGGACCCUGGGGGAGACUGAGCAGAACCUGGAUCCAACCCCGGACCUCUGAACCUCGAGCCAGGGGCUCCCCGGCAGCACCCACCCUGUGGGUGCGCUGCCUGCCUGCCGAGCAGCCAUGAGCGAGACAGUUAUCUGCUCCAGCCGGGCCACUGUGAUGCUUUACGAUGACAGCAACAAGCGGUGGAUGCCUGCUGGCACAGGCCCCCAGGCCUUCAGCCGAGUCCAGAUCUAUCACAAUCCCACGGCCAAAUCCUUCCGGGUGGUCGGCCGGAAAAUGCAGCCAGACCAGCAGGUGGUCAUCAACUGUGCCAUCAUCCGGGGUCUCAAGUAUAACCAGGCCACCCCCAACUUCCACCAGUGGCGUGACGCCCGCCAGGUCUGGGGCCUCAACUUUGGCAGCAAGGAGGAUGCCGCACAGUUCGCCACUGGCAUGGCCAGUGCCCUAGAGGCGUUGGAAGGAGGUGGGUCUCCGGCACCACUACCACCAUCGCAGCCGCCCGCAGCACCUCCCAUCUGGUCUGUCCAGAAUGGUCCCUCCCCAGAGGAGGUGGAGCAGCAGAAAAGGCAGCCAGAGCACGUGGAGCGGGAGCGCCGAGUCUCCAAUGCAGGAGGCCCACCUGCUCCCCCAGCUGGGGGACCACCCCCACCUCCAGGACCUCCCCCUCCUCCGGGUCCCCCCCCACCCCCUGGUCUGCCCCCUUCGGGGGUCUCAGCUGUGGGGCAUGGAGCAGGGGGAGGCCCGCCCCCUCCGCCCCCUCUCCCUACAGCAGGCCCCAGUGGUGGAGGGACCGGGGCCCCUGGCCUGGCCGCAGCCAUUGCCGGAGCCAAACUCAGGAAAGUCAGCAAGCAGGAGGAGACCUCAGGGGGGCCCUCGGCCCCCAAAGCUGAGAGCACUCGAAGCACAGGUGGGGGGCUCAUGGAAGAGAUGAAUGCCAUGCUGGCCCGGAGAAGGAAAGCCACACUAGUUGGGGAGAAACCCCCCAAGGAUGAAUCUGCCAAUCAGGAGGAGCCAGAGGCCAGAGUCCCAGCCCACAGUGAACCUAUACGGAGACCCUGGGAGAAGAACAGCACAACCUUGCCAAGGAUGAAGUCGUCAUCUUCCAUGAUCACUUCCGAGGCCCACCCCACUACACCCAGCUCUGCUGAUGAGUCAGACUUGGAGAGGGUGAAACAGGAGCUUCUGGAAGAGGUGAGGAAGGAAUUGCAGAAAGUGAAAGAGGAAAUAAUUGAAGCCUUUGUCCAAGAGCUGAGGAAGCGGGGUUCCCCCUGACCACAGGGCCCCAGAAGAUCCCGUUUCUCCUUUCCGCACACCCCGCCUGUCACCCUGCUUUCCCUGCCUCUACUUGACUUGGAACUGGCUGAAGACUACACAGGAAUGCGUCUUCCCCACUCCCCAUCCCACUUGGAAAAUUCCAAGGGGGUGUGGCUUCCCUGGCGCCACGUCCACGCCCAUACUGGCUGCUGAUUAGCUGGGGAGGCCCCCACCCUUUGCUCCCUUUGGUCCUUCCCCUCUGCCAUCCCCUUGGGGCUGGUUCCUCUGCUGGGGAUGUACCAAUGAACCCCACGGUAAGGGUGAAGGAAGAAGGGAAUUUCACAUUCCCUUGUUCUAGAUUCACUUUAACGCUUAUUGCCUUUGAAUUUUUGUUUUUUUAAGAAAAUAUAUAUAUAUAUUUAGGUUUGGGGGGGAAAGGGAAAUUUUUUUUCUCUUUGGUUUUGAUAAAAUGGGGUGUGGGGAGUUUUUAAAUGCUAUAGCCCCAGGGUUGUCCCAUUUGGGGCAACUAUUUAAGGGGGGGGAGGUUCCACCGGGCUGGGGGUGCCUCCCCCUACCCCAGGGACCUCCCUUCCCUCUGGCUCCUUCCACU